AUGCUCACGCCUCAGAGCCCAGCUCCAACCCACUGCUGCAGAAUUCUAUCCAAGAACUACCAGUAUGUUCUGGCCUUGGUUUUUGCCAUUGAGGAAAUCAACAGGAACCCCCAUCUUUUACCCAACAUGUCUCUGGGAUUUGAUCUCUAUAAUGGCCUGCACAGUGAACGGAGGACAUUGGAAAGUUCCCUCAUUUGGCUCUCAGGAUUGGAUAAGGACAUCCCUAACUACACUUGUAGAAGAGAGAGAAAGUCUGUGGCAGUGCUUACAGGAACAACUUGGGCAAUUUCUGUGCAGAUUGGGACACUGCUGCAACUCUACAAAUUUCCACAGCUUACAUAUGGUCCUUUUGAUCCUAUUCUGAGUGACAAGGACCAGUUUCCAUCUCUCUAUCAGAUGGCCCCCAGGGACACUUUCCUGGCCCUUGGCAUGGUCUCUUUGAUGCUUCAUUUCAGCUGGACCUGGGUUGGGCUGGUCGUCUCAGAAGACAAGAAAGGUGUUCAGUUUCUCUCAGCCUUGAGAAGAGAGAUGGACAGGAAUGCACUCUGUGCAGCAUUUGUGGAAAUGAUUCCUGUCACUGACAGGUCCUAGUUCUCAAUGACUUGGGCCUAUCAUCUCCACAUCAAACAAUCAUCAGCAAAUGUAGUUAUCAUUUAUGGUGAUACUGACUCCCUGAUCAGCUUGAGCUUCUCUAAAUGGCAGCUUUUAGUGACAUGGAAAGUGUGGGUCACAACAUCGCAGUGGGACUUUACCAGCAUUCAGAGAGAUUUCCUCCUUGACUCAUGUCUUGGGUCUUUCAUUUUUUCACACCACCAUAAUGAGAUCCUUGGUUUUCAAAAUUUUAUGCAAAUGGUCAACCCUUCCAAAUACCCAGAAGACAUUUACCUCAAUAAGUUGUGGUUCAUCUCUUUUGACUGCACUGUCUCUGAGUCUGACUGUAAAACUUUGGAGAAUUGUCCACCCAAUGCUUCCUUGGGAUGGCUGCCUUGGCAGAAUUUUGAUAUGGCCACCAUGGAAGGGAGUUACAAUGUGUACAAUGCUGUGUAUGCUGUGGCUUGGACGCUUCACAAGAUGCUCCUUCAACAAGAAGAAAUGCAGCCAACGGGAAGUGGGGAAAGGCUGGUGUUUUCUCCUUGGCAGCUGCACCCCUUUCUCAGGAACAUCCAGUUUCACAAUCCUGCUGGUGAACGAGUGAGUUUGGAUGAAGAAAGAAAACCAGAUGCAGAGUAUACCAUUCUCAACUUCUGGAAUUUUCCAGAAGGUCUUGGACUGAAAGUGAAGGUGGGAAGGUAUUCCUCACAUGCUCCACCUGGCCAAGAAUUAUCUUUAUCUGAGGACAUGAUAGAGUGGGCCUCAGGAAUUAUAGAGACUCCCCAGUCUGUGUGCAGUGAGAGCUGUGGUCCUGGAUUCAGGAAAACUCCUCAGGAGGGACAGGCUGCCUGUUGUUUUGAUUGCACUCCCUGUGCAGAGAAUGAGAUUUCCAAUGAGACAGAUAUGGACUGGUGUGUGAAGUGCCCAGAUCAUCAGUACGCCAACAGAAACCGAGAUCGCUGCCUUCCAAAAGUCGUGACCUUUCUGGGAUAUGAGGACACCUUGGGGAUAGCCCUGGUCUGCACAGCUCUGUGCUUCUCUGUCCUUACGGCUGUGGUCCUGGGGGUCUUUGUGAAGCACCGAGACACUGCCAUUGUCAAGGCCAACAAUCGCACUCUUAGCUACAUCCUUCUCAUCUCCCUCACCUUCUGUUUCCUCUGCUCUUUACUCCUCAUUGGCCGUCCCAACACAGUCACCUGCAUCCUUCGACAAAUAACAUUUGGAGUUGUUUUCACUGUGGCUGUUUCCACUGUCUUGGCCAAAACCAUCACUGUGUUUGUAGCCUUCAAAGUCACUACACCAGACAGAAGGAUGAGACGGUGGUUGGUGUCAGGGGCACCUAACUCUAUCAUUCCCAUCUGCUCCUUUAUCCAACUGACCCUCUGUGGCAUCUGGCUCGGAACCUCCCCUCCCUUCAUUGACAUAGAUACUCACUCUGAACAUGGCCACAUCAUCAUUGUGUGCAAUGAGGGCUCAGUCACUGCCUUCUACUGUGUCCUGGGAUACCUGGGCUCCUUGGCCCUGGGGACUUUCUCCUUGGGUUUCCUGGCCAGGAAUCUGCCUGACACCUUCAAUGAAGCCAAGUUCCUGACCUUCAGCAUGCUGAUGUUCUGCAGUGUCUGGGUUACCUUCCUCCCCGUCUACCACAGCACCAAGGGCAAGGUCAUGGUGGCCGUGGAGAUCUUCUCCAUCUUGGCUUCUGGUGCUGGACUACUAAGCUGUAUCUUUGCUCCAAAAUGCUAUGUUAUUUUGAUAAGACCUGAUAAGAACACUCUGCAUAGGUUAAGGGGUAAAACACAUUCUGGGAGCAAUAAGCCUUCUUAA